AUGGCCCAGUGCACCCAUCAGGGUGCGGGUAUCCACUUGCUCGAUGACAGCAAGGUCCCCCCUCUUGCCCCUCUCGAGGACCCCGUGGAGAUCAAGAUCUCCUCGUCCAUCUCGGAAUCAUCCAUUUAUGCGUCUUCCGUCCACGCGUCCCGUGGAAAGAGUCUCGAUCCCGUCACUGACACAUCCGUGGGAUUUCCAGCUUCGCCUCCGCCUGCCAAUGACACCCCGGUGUCGGGUGCCGAAUCCCCGGCCACCAGCCCCGUCGGCUCCCCCUUCGUUGAACGCAGCAACCCCAUGGGCUCCGGAAACGCCCAGACGGUCAGCUCCAAGGACCCCAAGGCCGUCGCCCAGGCCGCUACCGAUAUGAAGAACGUCGUGCGCCGCAAGUUGACCGGCUACGUCGGUUUCGCCAACCUGCCGAACCAAUGGCACCGCAAGAGUGUCCGCAAGGGCUUCAACUUUAACGUCAUGGUUGUUGGUGAAUCCGGUCUGGGCAAGUCGACUCUGGUCAACACCCUGUUCAACACCUCCCUCUACCCCCCUAAGGAGCCCACCGGCCCCAGCCACGACAUCAUCCCCAAGACCGUGGCCAUCCAGUCCAUCAGCGCCGAUAUCGAGGAGAACGGCGUUCGUCUGCGCUUGACCGUCGUCGACACCCCCGGCUUCGGCGACUUUGUGAACAACGACGACUCGUGGCGUCCGAUUGUCGAGAACAUCGAGCAGCGAUACGAUGCCUACCUGGAGGCCGAGAACAAGGUCAACCGGACCAACAUCGUGGACAACCGCAUUCACGCCUGUGUCUACUUCAUCCAGCCCACCGGCCAUUCGCUGAAGCCUCUGGACAUCGAGGUCAUGCGUCGCCUGCACACCAAGGUUAACCUGAUUCCCGUCGUGGCCAAGGCCGAUACCCUGACCGACGAGGAGAUUGCUCUCUUCAAACAACGAAUCCUUGCCGAUAUCCAGCACCACUCCAUCCAGAUCUUCGAGGGCCCUCGCUACGAGCUGGACGACGAGGAGACCAUUGCCGAGAACCAGGAGAUCAUGUCCAAGGUUCCCUUCGCCGUCGUUGGCGCCAACUCGGAGGUGGCAACGGCCGACGGCCGUAAAGUCCGUGGCCGUAGCUACCCCUGGGGCGUGAUCGAGGUCGACAACGAGGAGCACUGCGACUUCGUCAAGCUGCGCCAGAUGCUCAUCCGCACCCACAUGGAGGAGCUCAAGGAGCACACCAACAACUCCCUCUACGAGAACUACCGCUCCGACAAGCUCACCCUUAUGGGUGUCGCUCAGGACCCCAGCGUGUUCAAGGAGGUCAACCCGGCGGUCAAGCAGGAGGAGGAGCGCGCCCUGCACGAGCAGAAGCUGGCCAAGAUGGAGACCGAGAUGAAGAUGGUCUUCCAGCAGAAGGUGGCCGAGAAGGAGAGCAAGCUGAAACAGAGCGAAGACGAACUCUACGCCCGGCAUCGCGAGAUGAAGGAUCAGCUGGAGCGGCAGCGGAUGGAGCUAGACGAGAAGAAGGCCCGUCUCGAAAGUGGCCGGCCGAUCGAAGAGAAGGGCAAGAGAAAGGGGUUCUCGCUCCGUUAA